GCACCCUGCUCCACUCCCAGCGUCACCGAGGUCAGAUCCAGUACCUGGUGGAUUGGGAGGGGUACGGCCCGGAAGAAAGAUCCUGGGUCAACACCAAUGACAUCCUGGACCCCAACCUCAUUACGGAGUUCCACCAGAUCUACCCGGAAAGACCGGCCCCUCGACCUCGGGGGAGACCUCGACGCAGGUCGCAUCCUCGCGUCCGGAGCCGCUCACAGGGGGGGGGCUCUGUUAUGAACCCUGAGAACGCCUCCCCCUCCAGUCAUCGGAGAUCCGAUUCACCGGAGUUUUGACCGCUUAGACUACAUUUCCCAUAAGCCCGCAUACCUAGCCAUCAAAGUGAACUGCGUUGGGUCUUGUGGCAUUUCCUCCAAGCUGAAUGAUGCAUCAUGGAUGUUGGAGGAGCGAUACUUGAGCAGCACACUGUCUGUGGCCGACAAAGGUACUCUGCCAUCUGGUGAGCACAGCUUUCCCUUUCAGUUUCUCAUUCCAGUAUCUGUUCCAACCUCGUUUGAAGGCCCGUUUGGGAAAAUUCUGUACAAAAUUAGGGCUUUAAUUGACACACCACGUUUCUCAAAGGACUACAAGACACAGCGACCCUUCUACCUGCUUAAUGUACUCAACCUCAAUGAGUUGCCAGAUAUAGAGCAACCCAGCUGUGCUGUGACAACAAAAAAGUUUAACUACUUCCUGGUAAAAACAGGCACGCUUUUGCUGAGGGCUUGGAGUGAUCUGAGAGGAUACACUCCUGGUCAGGUCAUCAAACUGUCUGCUGAGAUCCACAACAAGUCUGGUAAAGACACUGGCUGUGUGCUGGCUAGCCUCAUACAGAGAGUGACGUAUAGGACAAAGCGGCCAGUGUUUGACCUACGGCCCAUAGCGGAGGUCGAGGGUGCCGGGGUGAAGGCGGGCAGACAUGCAGAGUGGAGAGAACAGAUCAUUGUCCCUCCUCUUCCCCAGUCAGGCCUCACUGGCUGCAGCCUCAUAAGCACAGAGUAUUUUAUCCAGGUUUCACUCAAAUCUCCCGAGGCUGUGGUCACGUUACCCAUCUACAUUGGGAACAUUGCCAUAAACACUGCCAUUCCACACCCCAUUGCUCAUGGUGCUCCAAUGCCUGCCAGGCCAAGACUCAGCCCUGCAUCCGUGGUCCCCAGUGCCCCUCCUGCUGAGGAGGAGCUGGAGGGUGAUCUGGGAGCCGGAGGAGUAGCCAACGAGGAGAUCCCCACCAAGAGUCAUUCUCAGCAGGACCCAUCUGGCGUGACACUCUCCAUGUCUCCCAGUGCAUUCGGUCACACGUCUGGUCCAGUACCACUGCAGAGCCAACAGCUCGCCCAGUCCUCAGAUGGCUCUGCACCUUUGUUCUGUGUGUCCACAGGAGCCACCAUACCUUUCUUUACAGAGGGUAAUGCUACCCCGGUACCCACUUCCUGUCCUCUGAUCCUGCCACCCGAAUAUAGUACCUGGGAAUAUCCACAUGAGCCGCCUCCCACUUACGAGGAAAGCUGCAGUAGCAACAAUUCCAGCUUCAACAGUAGCACGAGGUAGACCAGUCAGAGGUCUCAUUGAUUUUUCCAUGCAAUUCCUUGAGUGCCCACUAUUGGACAGUAUAGACACAGCCGCCAGACCCCAAAUCUGACUAUUCCCUUCCAUGGGCCAAAUAUCUUUAAUACUUAAAAGGAUAAUUUCUAUAUCUCACCCUGUUUCUAAGUUGAUCCCCUCAAAUGAUCAUGUCAACCAUGGAACUGAAAAAGGAGAGAGUUUAUUCAGUGCCUAAGAAGACGUAGCACUCUUGAGCAAUCACUAGAUAUGCUCGUGUGUUUUUAUGAAAGAAAUACCUGCAUCUGAACCUUGUAAGUUACAUUGAGUUUACUUGUUUUUCAUUCAUCCAAAGCUGGCCUUAUGGGAAGCUCAGUAAAAUCUGAAAAAACCUACAACCUGUAAUUUCUUGCCUGUCUGACAAGACUCUUUCCUUGUGCUGAUAUGGGAAUCUUGAGGAACUCCAUGCUUAUGCUAGCAGGAAUGGCUCUUGACAAAGACAUGGGCCGCAGAGAACGUUGCUCUGGAAAGAACAAGUUAUAUGUAUUGAUCAUAGUUGAUGUUGGAAGUAGAAUUUUCAUCAGACUUUAUACAGUCCAACUCAUCACCAAGCAGACAUGGACCCCUUGUGGAGGCAGCUUUGGAAUAUCAAUGUAAUCAGCCAUCAUGGACACAUUUCUAACUUGGCCAAAUGGUAGCCGCUAUGUCUUGGAUGCUUAAGGGAACAACAAAUCGCAUGUCAUUUUGAAUGCACUUCAUUGCAUAUGAUUUUGAAAACUUACACUUUCUCUGUUUUAACUGGCUGUCAAGAGAUAUUUGGAGGACACUACCGACUCCUUACUCCCAUCUUAAAGCCUCACUGUUUUGAAAAAUUAUGUUGGUAUUUUUGUUACCUUGUAUAACGUAAAAAACAAACAAACUAAAUAAUCAUACUAUUCUUUUCCGAGGGUUCAUCAUUUCUCCUUAGAAUUAUUUGAUAGGGAUUCUAGCUAGUUCAUGGGACUGUGAUUGGUUCAAACAGUUCUUGAUUUAAGAAUAUUAGGUAAUAUGUGCGAUGUUGGACAAACCAGAUGUGUUUUUACCCUUCUUGCAGCACUUUUUCGGAAAGUGAAAAUACAUUUCUUAUAUGCAUCAUUUGAAAUGUAAUGCAAACUAUACAUGCACGUGUGUUUUGUAUUUGAAUUGUUUGCUCAUAUGAUUUCAUAUUUCUCUUUGUCUUCAUCAUAUUAUGGCUUUCCAGUGAGGCCUUAGGCUGUACUAGGAUUGUUGUGUACAAUUUUGUGCACAAUAGUCCUUUAAUACGUCAUACAUUUUUCCCUUAUUACUUGUUCCGAACCUUGAACAGUUUUGAAGAAUUUGGAAGCACAAAAAGGCACUUUUAUAGACUUUAUCUUUGUGUGUAUGUGUGUUUGUGAAUUUCAGGGGGGAUUUCUCCAACCUCAUCCUCCCAAAAAUAAAAUAAAAAGUUGUUGUUAGCUUAGUGCGUGAUUAAGAAGCUCACAGGUUCUCUUGAAAUUUGAAAAUCAGCUACAGAACUGAUGAAAGACAUUCCAUAUUCUGAUUGUAUCAAGCUAAAUUAAAAGAUUCAGUACAGACUAUAUCAUAGUUUCACUCCAUCUCCUCUUUUAAGUGACAAUAAUAUAUAUUUUUAUAUUAUAUAGAACUAUGUACCAUUUAAAGAGCUUAUAGAGCAUAAUCAGUCUUGAAGAUUUGAAGAAUCAAAUCAAACAUUGUCUUUGCUGAUUGCAUAACAGCAGGCCACUGUGACUUUUAACAGUGCAGCUGAAUUUAAAUGUCAGACUUUCUCUCCACUGUGAGCAGCACUGUGUUGUAAUCUCAGUUGAAUAUUUAAACUCACAAUUUUUAACAAUUAAGAUCAUCACAGACACCUGAUCCGUAUUCUCAACUACAUAUUGCCUUAAAAGUGAAUACGAUUAAUCACUGGUCUCCUUGUAAUUGUAGCAAAGACAAAAAAACUGUUGUACUUUUCGUGAUAAUGCAGCAUGUUUACGGUUUUCUUCCUUGAGACCGUUUCUGUUGGCUUCAAGGGAUAGUUUUAAACAUUAAAAUUAUUUGACCGACAAUUGUUUCAAACCCAUAUGACGUACUUUCCUCCGUUGAACGCAAAUAGAGAUUUUAGGGAGAAUGUUAGUGACUGACAGCCUCAUUCACUUAUAUUGUAUAUAUUUAUAUAUGGAAUAUAAAUAAAAAUAAAUUGGAAAAGAAAUAAAAUGUCAAUGAAUCAGGUCGUAAAGGGGAGCCAUCUCUUUUUAUGCUGAAGUUGCAGCUUGGACAAACACUUUUCUUGUUUGAUUUGAAUGUGCAAAUGUUUUAUAUGUUCUGUCUCUUUCUCUUCACCAAAGGUUCAACGGCUUUAUCAAGUUGCAUUUUGUCAUUUGUGUGGUACCUUUCUCCCUCUGCAUUUUCAGCAGGUUUUAAAACAAAGUAGCACGAUUGUGGAUAAAUGUUAUUUGUAAAGACAUGACAGAAUCAAACAGCUUAAAUUCUCUCUCUCUCUCUCUCCUUAUCUUCUGUCUGUUAUGAAGAUGUUACUCAUUUAAAUAUCUCCAUUUAAAAUACUUGUCAUGUACUCAUUUACUAAAAGUCUUGCCCUACAUUGUUUUCUCAUUGAAAAUGUAGUUUCAGCCAGACAUUUUACAUUAUAGAAGUAAAUUGGGUUG